UUUGAUCAACAAGACGGAUUAAUUUAAGAGCAAUAAUAUACUAAUAAUUUGUUGGAUCAAAGAGGAACGAGGAGAGAUUAGAGAAUUAAACAGAGAGAAAGAGAGAAAGUACGAGCAGCAGUGGCAGUAGACUUUGUUUUUCACACCAACCAAACACUCCUUCCCUCUCUUUGAUUUAUUGGAGACUCAGAGACUGGCUGCCUGGCUGGCUGGUUCGCUGCUGGCUGUUAGAUAGAGAGAGAGAUCUUCUCCUCCUCCUCCUUCUACUUGUCUCUCUUUCUCUGGUCUCUCUCUACUUUCAAAAACCUCUUCUUCCCCGAUUCUUGGAUUCCAUCUCUCGGGAGAAGAACCCAUUAAUGACGAGAUUACCCUUCAAUAUCUCGACGGCAAUGGAUUUCACAGCUCCGGCUUCUGAUUGGUGGAACCAAGUUAAUGAGUCAACUCAAUGGCAGGAUGGAAUCUUCUUCUCUCUUUGUGGUGCUUAUGCCCUAGUUUCUUUAGUUGCUUUGAUUCAACUCAUAAGGAUUGAAGUUAGAGUGCCUGAAUAUGGAUGGACAACGCAGAAAGUUUUUCAUCUAAUGAACUUUAUCGUAAACGGAGUGAGGGCAAUCGUAUUUGGGUUUCAUAAGCAAGUUUUCGUUUUCAAGAUUAAGGUGUUUACUUUGAUGCUAGUGGAGUUUCCUGGACUGCUGUUUUUCUCUACCUACACGCUACUUGUCUUAUUUUGGGCAGAGAUAUAUCAUCAGGCAAGAAGUCUUCCGGCGGAUAAGCUCAGGAUUGUGUACAUUUCAGUCAACGGUGGAGUAUAUCUCAUACAGGUUUGUCUCUGGAUAUACCUGUGGAUAAACGACAAUGAUGUUGCAGAGUCUGUUGGGAAGAUAUUUAUGGCAGUGGUGUCACUCAUUGCUGCGCUAGGUUUCUUGAUUUAUGGAGGAAGAUUAUUUUUCAUGCUGCGGCGGUUUCCUAUCGAGUCUAAAGGGAGAAGAAAGAAGCUUCAUGAGGUUGGAUCUGUCACAGCAGUAUGUUUCGCCUGCUUUCUCCUCAGGUGCUUUGUGGUUGCUUUAUCUGCAUUUGAUAAGGAUGCCUCUCUCGACGUUUUGGAUCAUCCAGUUCUGAACCUAGUGUAUUACUUGCUUGCUGAAAUUCUACCAUCAGCUCUUGUCCUCUUCAUCCUGCGCAAGCUUCCUCCCAAAAGGGUGUCUGCUCAAUAUCACCCAAUCCGCUAAGGCAUUUUUCUGGUUGUGUAAUUUAUGUAUACAUAUCUUUUCAGUCUCCAGGAGAACCUUUUGUACUAGGAUUAUGAUAGAUGGGUUUUGGUUAAAUGGGAUUCAUAUGUCAAUAACCCAAAAUUGUGAUAUUUCAGCGGGGAAUUUUCUGAACAAUUGUGGCAAAAGUUCAAUGUUUGAGAGUUACAAAAUUAUUUUUCCCACGUUGAAGCUGGGAAGCUAUUUAUUUCCUUGGUAAUUAUUUAUUUGGCAUAUAGAGUUGAAUGAGUGAUGAUAAAUCAAUCUAACACUUUUAUUUUCA